AUGAAGCGAGACGAAGAGGGUGCGACGGAGGGCUUUGUGCGACAGGGGACAGCGCACACUGACAACAACGCCUCUUGGGCGGCACCGGCGGCGACCAGCAGCAGCCUCGUCGACCAUGACAGCAGCGCCAGUCGUCGUCCCUUGUCACUGCUGCGGACGCUCCUCGCACCACCCGGCGGCGCUCUGUACGCGCCGGUCAGGGCGGCCGUGGUGGCCGACGGGCACGGCGUCGCGGCCGGGCUGGUGACGGCGGCGGUGCUCGCGAACCACGUCCGGCGGGUGCUGGCGCCCUGGCUGGGCCAGUUCCUGUGGUGGCAUCCCGUGCAGGCGAUGCGGCUGGCCAGGGGCGCGCCGCACGUCUUCAUCGCGCAGCAGCUGCGGAGCGCCGCGACGCUGGCCCCCGCCUCGCGCUGGCUGCUGCAGACGGGUGCGCUGGCGCUUCUCCGACGCGGCGUGCUGGCCGACGUGCUGAGCCGAGGAGGCGGCAGCAGGGACGCGACUGCGGCAUGCCUGACCGACGCAGGCCGCAUCCUCUACCUCGCCUUGUGUCUGAUGCGCAUCGAGUACGCAUAUGCGGAAGCGUGCUGGGCCGCGUCGUGGGCCUACGCCGUCUGCGUCCGGGCAGCGACGGCCGAGAGACACUGGUGCACGCCGCUGCUGACGGGCGAGGACAGCUCCGAGGACGCGCCGCGACAGUGGCGCGGCAUGCUGCUCGUCGCAUCGCUCCUGCUCUGGUGGCUGUGGCGCGUCGGGGUGCGCCCUCUGCGCCGCCAUGGCCUGACGGGCGUGGCCUUGUCGGGCGUGCCUGUCGUCGUCGGGCUGGUGGGCGUCGGCACCGCGCACAUCAUCCGCUAUGCCAACAAGUACUUUAUAUGGCUGGAGAUGAGCGAGAUGCUCUUGACGUGGGUGUGGUUGAUACUGGGUUUGGGUGUCGUUGUGGUGUGGAGGCUGUGUGACUGA